AUGGCGACGUGGGUGAGAGCGAGCGGCUAUGUCUCUGUGGAGCUGUUCAACGGUGAACAUAUCCAACUGAAUUCUACAGAUGAGCCAUCCAACUUGAUGGAAGUGAUUAACUUAGGCCGUUUACUGGCUGCUUUCUACCUCGAUUAUCCUCUUUUCGUGCCUCAACCCGGAUCAGCUUAUCCAUCACUGUUUCUUUGGUGUCAGCUCAGUGAUAAAAACCUCCCUCCAGGAAGCCUGCCUCUGAGUCGAGAACAAUUGGGCCAAAAGCUACCUGCAGAAUAUGGCCCACGUGCGCCUGCUGUGCUCUUAACCUACUGCGGCCUAGUGCUGGAAGCGAUUCUCUACUGUGAUCACUUCAGCGAUCCAAGCCUAUCCCUGUGCUCGACUUACUAUGAGGAAUUGUGGACAACACAGCUGACAAAUCGGUUGGAAUCACUAGUAGAAGAACAGGUCACCUCGGAACACAGUGUUCAAUUCUGCCGCAGAUACGUACAAUCAGUGUUGGAGCUGGACAUAUUCAGCAAUGCGAACGACCUGUCCCUGCUCCAAGCAUUUAUCAUCUCACAAAUUGAGGUUCUUUUUGCUCAAUUGCCGCUCCGUGUGCAAGACACGUCAAUCCUUCCACGCCCUCCUGUCUAUUGUGCUCCAAGCGUCAGAGGCGAAUCGUUGGAGCUGAAAACAUUCUUUAGAAUUCAUCUCUACCUGCAAACAUUGUUGAUUUCACUUCAGAAGACAAACAGAAUGGGUAUCGAGAUCAACCGGAUUCACAGUGUUCUCUCUGAAGAGAACAAUAAUACUGAUGUGCCAUCGAUCGCUUCAAAAUACAAUGCUUUGAUAGCAGAAACGGAUAAGGAAACAUCACAGCUGAAAUCAUGGAUGGCACUCUCCACUGAGAAAGAUCGCGAACACGUUUGUCGCUUCCUCAACUUCAUCGGCGAACGCUUCCCAGAAAAAACUGAUCUUCCACCGCUUACCGACCUUAGUCGCUCAAUUUGGAAAACGGCCAUGUUUCACAAAGAGGGCUACCGAGAGUCGAAACAAGAUUGGCUCUCCUCUGUUCUCACAACACGCUAUGAGGUGCCUCCUGCUACGUACGAAUUGAUGCGACUUGUGGCCACCGAUUGGACGACCCCGAUGGCACUGGAUGCCUCUCUGAUCCCGGUCCUUUUGAAACUACAUCCCGAUGACAUUUGCUCAUCUUCGCCAUCAGUGCCAAACCGACUUUGCCAGUCGGCUCGAACACCUUCCCAGCAGACAACCCAACAAUUCGCCAACAGAGUCUUCUCGCCUAGGACAGACGUCGUCGCUCUGUAUGCUGAACGGGCACGGACCCUUCUGAGGAAUGAUAGCCAACGGACAUUGGUCACGAAUGAAAAGAAGAUCCGAGCUUUGCAGGAGAGACUCAGGAAAAACCUAAAGGUGCAACGGCAACUGGAAGAACAUGUCAAUGGAGAGAGAAGUUUCUUGGAAAGCAUAUCAUCAUCUUCGUUCAGAAGCAAAGUGGAAAGAAUGCGACCGGUUCUGUCGGAGAGGAUAUCACGAUCACCUGGUACCUCGUUCUCUGGUCUAAAGGAGGGCACCAAAGCGAUUGAAAGAAGUUUGCGUCUUCUGGAUAAUACCCUGAAGAAGAUCAAAAUUCCUUCAGACGAUCCACGUCCUGAAGCGAAUUCAUCUGAAAGUGAUUUUCAAGAGACAGAAGAAGUCUUCGAAGAUGUUCUUCCCACCGCUAAGGAAGACUUCAGCGCUGUUGAAGAUCUAGACGAUCUGCAGUUGAAUUACGAUGAAGCGGCGGCUUCCAAAAACCCAGUACCCCAAAUCUCUAAACUUGAUCUUAGCCUUCUUUCUCCACAUGUCGAUAUUCGGACGCAUACUACAACCAAACCACCAAAGGCUCCGUCUCAGCGGACCCUGGGCCUACCCGAAUGGAUGCGUCUAUUGCCUCUUGAAGAACCUGUUAGCCUUAAUCGACUACCAUUGCUCCAGUACAGUCCACCGGUUCAGCGGGAGUGGAAAACCGAGCGCUGCAUUCAGACCCGUGGAUUCAAUGUCGAUGUGACAGAGACGGCUUGUCAGACGACAGAGGACGAUCGAAACCCGCCGGAUAGUGGAUUUCUGGAUGUUGUCGAGAAAUCUCCAGGAAAAAAGAUCGAAAUUAUUCAGCCAAUGUCCAAACAACAUAUCCGGGAAAUGCUUAGCCAAAUGUAA